AUUACAUUAAGUAAUUACAGAGCAAAAUAAGUCAGAAAAAGUAUGUUACAUUAAGUAAUAUACUAUUGGUUUAACUUAUUCUGUCUUAUCAUAUCAAGUUUAUUACAGAAAGUUUAUUAUUGUUCUGGUAUGUCGAAUGUCAAACCAUAUAGCAUUUCUUUACUAAAUAUCUCGCUUAUCUUCAUAAUACAAACGCAUGGGCUUCUAAAAGCGGUUACUUGGACAAAUAUGUUUAAUUCCUGGUAAGAUUAUCUAAGUUCAUAUGAGGAUGCAUCCAUUACAGUCUACGCAAGCAGUUAUCUAAGUUGAUAUGAGGACGCAUUCAUUAAAGUCUAAGCGAGCAUAUAUUCGCGGGCAGCAAUAUUAAAUUUAUGCAUGUAUGUAUGUAAUUUUGCGUAUAAUUUUGCAAAGGGUAAAUAAUUCAACAAAGGGGAACUCUUCCCCUUUCACGUUGAUGCGGCUUAUUAUGUCACACGAUUCUCUCUAUCUCCCCCUCAAGUUCCGAUAUACUCGUGAUGCUGUUUGGAAUGCUGAUAACUAUGACACACUGCGCUGCUCUAAAGUUCCUAUCACACUUGAUAUUAUUUCACAUUUCAUUCUUUCCAGUGUGUUUCAAAAUUAGUGCGAUAAGGCAAGUUACAAAAAGGAUAAAAAAAUUCUUUAUAAUCGGUAUAUUUUAUAAUACGACAUAUAUCUAAUAAUGUGGUUAAUUAUAAUUCUUCAUGAAAUGUUUCUGUCUACAAUUAAAGAAAGCUGUUUAUUUGUCUCGUGUUGCAGCAUACUAUUUGGCAACAGCCACUACCGCGUGUAACUAUUUCAAGUUCCAUAUACACUCGUCCCUUCGAAUUUACCGGACACCGUUUAUGUAGAUAUGCUGGUAAAAAUAGUAAACUCAAUGGAGUUAGUUGCAUGUAGUUAGUGGCUGCAUAACGGAGCUAUUCUUUUGCUAAAUAUCGGUACAUAUACGUUAAUGUUGUGUUACCUAAAAAUAUCACAAUAUCGUAUCUCUUAUCAAAAUUUUAAACUUUUGACAUUCGUAGAAUUUAUAAGAAGAUAAAUUUCUUAAAUUGCACAUCUUAAAAUUCUAUGUGAAUAGACCCACAACGAUUAACUCGUAAUUCACAUUAUACCUUCUUUAAAGUAGUGGAUUGAUAAGUCGUUUUAAAACUUUUAUACAUAGUAUUAAAUCAUUUAUUCAACAAUGACAUGGUUUCUUGAAGCUUGGAGAAUUUAAACAAACUGCAAAUCCAGAGACAUCUAUUUUAAUCCGGCUUCAGUAUCGAAAGUUUAAAACAAUGCAAACAACAACGCAAUUUGACUUUGCGAAUUAUCGUUCGCAAAAUCGUAUUAAAACAACGUACGUAAGACCACUGCAGCGAUUCUAAUCUCGUGGAAGUAAUCCACGAGAAUGAAACAGUGUGGCAGAGUGCCGUAUAGUAUGAUUCGACAAAAGUGGAGAAACGGAGACCGAUAGACAGCGGAAUCUUGAAGGAAGAAACGAGAAGCGAGCGACAGGGCGUUCCGACCAGAAAUAGAAAAGCGGCACGGGGAGAGUCGUCGAGUAUCAGCCAAGGUGGUGUUCCAUGUGAGUCUCUUCGUGCCGGAUCGGAAACUCGUAGUAGUUCACGCGUCGAAACAUGCCGCGCGGCAUCCCAAUGAGAUCCUCUCUGAGGAGCCGAGACUCGUCCUCGACGUCGACCGGGAUCGAUCCUCGGGAGCGCAUCAAGGACUGCUGCCGAAAGCUGGUGGAGUUUAUGUGUACCCAGGUCGGCGUGGGUGGCCUGGUGGUGGGCUAUGCCAUUGUGGGUGCCUUCGGCUUCAUAAGCAUCGAAGGCCAGGUCGAUCCGACGGCGUCGGUGUGCGUGCGGGAAUACAUCCGUCAGGAAUACGCCGACGAGCUGUGGUUCAGCACCGCCAGCAAUCAGUCGGUAAACAUAUUCAACCGGACCACCUUCUACAUGGUGUCGAAUAGUAUUCUGAAACAAUAUCAGGAAAAUAUUACCAAACGACAGAAAGACAAGUGCAACGGCCUAACGCCCGUCGAUCAAUGGUCGUUCCCCGCGGCGUUGAUGUUCUGCCUCUCGGUGUUCACUAUGAUCGGUUACGGCAGCCUGGUGCCGAAGACCCAGGUGGGUAAAGGUGCCACUGUGAUCUACGCUGUGCUGGGCAUUCCGCUGUACGUGCUCUAUUUCUUGAACAUGGGUAAGGUGCUCGCGCAGACUUUUAAGUGGCUGUACACGCGAUUGUACGAGUGCACCGGUCAACGGAAACCUGGACAGAGGAUCAUCGUGCCCUCGACCGCUUGUCUCUGGGUGAUAUUCGGCUACAUAUUGGCCGGCUCGAUCAUGUUCGCCGAAUGGGAACAGUGGGACUACCUGGACAGUACCUACUUCUGCGUCACUUCGCUCUGCAAAAUCGGCAUGGGCGACCUAGUUCCAGGCUGGAGCCAAAGUACGCAGGACAGCCAGACAAAGCUCAUCAUCAACUUCGUGUAUUUGCUGCUAGGCAUGGGCCUGAUAGCCAUGUGCUACAAUCUGAUGAGGGAGGAAGUGUACGUGAAGGCACGGGAACUCAAGGAACAGCUGAACCAAGCGAUGGAUGCGGUCAAUUAUAAAUUAAUGACGUGUUGCAAAUCGGAACCUACGGAUUGAGAGAUCAAAUGACAAUCGCAGGAUGCAUUACGAAAGUUAUAAUCUAUCGUAAAAGGGUGAAAAAGCGGUAAUAAGGUGAUAAUUAAUAAAAACUUUUAAAACCUAAUCGAAGAAGAGAUUUCUUUCUCUGUAAUCAGCAAAAAGUUAUAUAAAUACAGAGAACAAACAAGAAGAAAGUGGAAAGGUGUUGUAUCUUUGCAUAAAUGUUAUCACAAAUGCGGACUAUAUCGUUAAGAACAUUCGCCAGCGAUUGUAAACGGUUUGUGGUAUAUAGCGCGUUGUUUCAUGCUGUGUGUCCAAUAUUAUUAUAACAUAUAUAAUAAUGUCUAUAUUUUAAUUUUGAUAUGUUAAAGAGAGGUAAGAGAUUCUCGUCUAAGAAAUAAGUUGUCCCAUUUUCGAUACGUGAUUGUUAAAUAAUUACUGGAAGUUAUAGAAACAAAAUUAUGGAACAAAUGUUACGAUUGCUGUCUGCAUUGAACAACUAAUCGUAAAAUUUAUAAUUUUUAUUACGUUAUUACAUUAAUUGUUAAUUAUUGCUAUGAUGAUGAAAUUAUUAGUAUUUCUAUGUUUUAUAGACUUAAGUAUAAAUAGAUUAAACUCUAGCUCCAUAUGAAGCGUCUAAUCGACAGUGCGUUAGAGCAGUUUACUUGUGAAAUACGAAUCGUGAUUUAUAUCAACAGUCAAUAAUAUUUUUAAUACCAUCAUAAAAUCGCGUCGUCGAUAUCACCUAUACUCGUGAAUAGUAUGUUUGAGAUGACGGUGUGGAAGUUUACAUAUAUCGAUCACUAGAGAUAUCGGUGGUAGAGAUAUCACUCCGUGGAUUUUUACGACAGAUUAUUUGCGUUCCCUGAUAUUGGAAACGUGACGUUAAAAUAUAAACCUUUUAUAUCCAGUAUCGCAGAAUUAUCAACGCUUUUCUGCACAUAAUAAUAUAAGAACUGUGAGACAUUAAAAUAGCUAGUCAGAUUAAAACGGAAAAACGGAAUAUAUUAAUAAUUUUUAAAAUCGUAUUUAAUGAUCGUAAUUCACACGGUAUCUUUAUUUAAAUAUUAAUCAAUAUUGAUUAUAUCUGAUUCUAAAUCACUAUUAAUUGUAUUUUUUAUUUAAAACGUAUAAAAAUUAGGUGUGAAUGAGCUAUAUUAUAAGCUAUAUUUAUAAGAAGAAUUUACACGAAGUUAUAAUUGUUUCACUCAUGAAAAUAUGUUAUAUUCUGACAACAAAUUAAUACGAUUAUAUGGUUUUUGUUUACGUUUAAUUUAUUGUGAAUUUUGAAGACAACAGGAAUUUAUAAAGCUAUCGAAGUGUCCGUCAUGAACAUACACAUGACUAUAUAUACAUACACAUGAGAAUAUAUUUAUCUGACAGCACAUGUCAACCACGAAAUAACUGUGCUACCGAUUAUUAUCAAGAGUAUAGUCACUCUGCUAAUUUAUCGAUCACGAUAAUGUCCAGCACAGUAAAUUAAUGAGGCUGCAAUGACCUCGCCGAGAGAAAUGAUGCACAAAUGUAGAUAAUUUAUUACGCGCAUUAUUAUACAUUCCACAAAAUGAUUUGUACAUGAUUGCCAAAAAA